UCCGGCCGAAAACAUAACCCGAAUCUUAAAGGGUGUUCCACCCUAUCCCAGUAGGUGGCAGUAUGUAAAGUAUCGACUGGUUUGUGACCUUAAGAAAACAGCGAAGAAGUGUGGAGGCGGGCGGAGGGACAACAUGGCGUCCUCCAUAGACCUCGCUGAAGUCGCUCCAGCAGCGACAGACUGCGCAGAGACGGUCGGCGCGGAGGACGGACAAGACCCGGAAGCCUCGAAAACACAAGAGUCGGACGAUGACGAAGAUGAACAGAAGCAACCCAGGGUGCGGGACACGCCGGAAGACAUCCGACUCGAGGCCAUCGCCAACACGCUGGCCUUUCACCCCGGCAGAGACCUGCUGGCCUGCGGGGACCUCGACGGGGACAUAUACGCCUUCAGCUUCUCGUGCACGGAGGGAGAGACCAGGGAGCUGUGGUCCUCAGGACACCACCUCAAGUCCUGCAGACAGGUGUCGUUCUCUGCGGACGGGGAGAAGCUCUACAGCGUCUCCAAAGACCGCUCGGUGCACGUGCUGGACGUGGAGACCGGGACGCUGCGCACGCGCAUCCUGAAAGCGCACGCGGCGCCGAUCAACGCGCUGCUGCUGCUGGACGAGAACCUGGUGGCGACGGGAGAUGACGCAGGGGCUGUGAAGGUCUGGGACAUGAGGAGAGGCUCUGCAUUCAUGGACCUGAAACCUCAUGGAGACUAUAUCAGCAGCAUAGCUGUGGACCAGGCCAAGAGGAUCCUGCUCACCGCCAGUGGUGAUGGGUGCCUGGGUGUGUUCAACCUGAAGAGACGGCGCUUUGAACUGCUGUCCGAGUUCCAGGACAGCGACUUGACCUCCGUGGCCGUGAUGAAGAGGGGGAAGAAGGUGGUCUGUGGCUCCAGCGGAGGCACCGUCUACAUCUUCAACUGGAACGGCUUCGGCGCCACCAGCGACCGCUUCGCCCUGAAGGCCGAGUCGGUGGACUGCAUCGUCCCCGUCACAGACAGCAUCAUGUGCACAGCCUCCAUGGACGGAUUCAUACGAGCCGUCAACCUCCUUCCUAACCGGGUGUUGGGCUGCAUCGGGCAGCACGUCGGCGAGUCCAUCGAACAGAUCGCCAAGUCAUGGGACUCCCGUUUCCUGGCCUCCUGCGCUCACGACCAGCUUAUCAAGUUCUGGGACAUCUCCAGUUUACCCAGCAUGGCCGUCAGCGACUACCGCAAGAGGAAGAAGAAAGGUGGCAGCCUGAAGUCUCUCAGCAAAAAAGCCUUGGGAGGAAAUGACUUCUUCUCUGGACUUGUAGAGGCAACAGAGGAGGAGAAGAAGGAGGAAGAGGGGGAGGAGGAGGAGGACAGUGACAGUGGCAGUGAUUAAAAAGAGAUUUCCAGUCUGAGACGUGUUUGCUCUGUGCCUUUGGACAUUUUGUACAAGUCCUGUAAAAGGUGAUAAUGUGUCGCCGACCUGAUCGGGUUUUUAUUUUCUUAUUUUUUGGAGCAUGACGACAAACUUUGGGAAUGUGAAUUUGGAAGACUUUGAUAUGCAGGCUCUGAGAAGUUCUGGAAAAUGACAUGUAAGAUUCUUGACACAUUAUGGAAAUAAGCCCCCCUCCCUUUUUCUCCCCAAUUGUACCUGUCCAAUCACCCCCCUCUCCCGAGCCCUCCUAGUCUCUGCUCCGCCCCCUCUGCUGAUCCAGGAGGGCUGCAGACCACCACAUGCCUCCUCCCAUACAUGUGGAGUCACCAGCCGCUUCUUUUCACCUGACAGUGAGGAGUUUCACCAGGGGGACGUAGCACGUGGGAGGAUCACGCUAUUCCCCCCAGUUCCCCUCCCUCCUGAACAGGUGCCCUGACCGACCAGAGGAGGCGCUAGUGCAGCGACCAGGACACAUACCCACAGACGCGGCCACUUGUGUAUGUAGGGACGCCCGGCCAGGCCGGAGGCAACACUGGGCUUGGUAGGCAGCGGAACAGACCGCUACGCUACCCGAAUGCCCAUGAAACGAGUUUUUAAGAGUUUUACGUUGAUAUUUCGCACACAAGUAACAGCGACACCUGGCGACGAACUCUUGUCACAGAACUUUAUUGUGGAAAUAGCUGAGGGGUGCGGGGGGAAUUUCCGUUUGUAUAAUAAAAUACU